AUGUCUCGUAAUAAUAUAAGUCCACUGAUUAAAGUGCAGGUAGAGAAAUUGGCCGCUGCUGGUGGUGGUAUCACUUCUGGACGUCGAUUAAUCUCUCCAUCAUCACCGAUAAGCAUUCCAACAAAGCCAGUUUGCUCGAAUACAUCAUCACAUAGCUCGUCAUCGUACGUAUCCAUAGGUGAUCAAAUGUCUUCCAUCAGCGAAACAUUUCUGCAGUCGUGUCACGAAACAGAUGACGGAUUAUACACAUCAUUACCUUCGCUUCAAUUGACUAGUCAGCAAUUGGAACAUUCGGCUGCUCGAGAUCGUAUCGCAGUCAAAAACAAACUACGGCAAACGGCUAAACAGAAGUUGGGCACGGUCAAGGAGACUGAUGAUAAUCAAAACGAUUUAUUAUGUUCAGCACCUUUUCAAGAGCAAACUUCAUCUUUACCACCAGCUGAAUCGAUAGUACAAACACAGUUGAUUGUUAAACUUGAUGAGUUGGAUUCGGCGCGCUCGCGUCUUCGUGGACGUUCAGCCGAGAAAAUGUUAUCCACUAACGUAUCAUCUAUCCAACGAUCUGUCAGUUGUAAAUAUCCGAAAGAAGUUAAACUUACCAAUCGAUCGAUAUAUCGAAGGACAAACUAUGAUGAAAGCAUCGACAACGACGAUAAUGCAGAAGAUAAACAGGAGCACGAACAUCAGGACGAAGAACCGCGACCACAUUCACCGCCUGAAGAACAUAUUUAUGAUAAUUUCGAUUUAUUCAAACAAUCACGAUUGCAAUUAUCGAAAGUUUUACCUACCGAUGAAAAUCAAUCAUCAGCGAACAUUCCUAUUCAAACACGAGAACAGUCACCAUUGGCAAGAACACGUUUACGACCACUCACUGUACAUAUACCCUCGAAUAGCGACAGCCGAACGGUCAACGAAUUCGAAAAUGUUUUCAGUCAGCUGAAAAAACAUAAUAUAACGAAAAAAGAAGAGAUUCCAUUUGAGUCACCUGUCUCGCAUGAACCACUAACGAUAACAGUUUCAUCUACAACCAUUAAAGAAGAACCAACGAAACCAGUGCCGAACGAGAAUGAACCGAUCGUGCCACAUUAUGUAUCAACGAUGAAGUUGGCUGAAAAUCCUUCUAGAAUACAGUCGCCAAAUCGAAGGAAAACAGUGGGCGGUGUACAUUUGCCAACAAAUAAUAAAGUUGCAACGACUGAUAAUCAGCCAACAGCCUCUUGGAUUGACAUCGCCAAACAAAAGCAAAGCAAAUUUCAGACAAUAUCCAUUGAAAAACCUUCUCAUGAUGAAUCUGCCGGACAAACGACACCAACCACUGAAUCAAUUCUCAUAUCUCGAAAACAAAUCACUCUCUCAUCAAAUUUAACUACGAGUACAGAAAAUAAGCCCGAAGAUCUUCGAUCAAAUAGAAAAUCAAUGUUCGAACCAGUAGUCAGUCGACAAGCAUCACCUCCUAUAACAGUAUCAAAUGCAUCUGAACGAGAUUCCAUUCGAGCAUUGAAGGCUGAUCGACCAAAUCGAAUCAACAACUUGAUUCAAUUUUUCGACAAAUAA